AUAUCUACAAGAAGUGGGCUACACUGACACGAUAUUGGAUGUGAAGUCAAAACGAGUACGAGCUUUAUUGGGCCUCUCAAGUGAUGCUUCAGAGAAGGAAAACAGAAAUCAAGAGCCAAUGGUAAAUGGCACAGAGGGCCAGAUUAAAGAAAACACAAUGAUUGGGAAACCUGAAUUGACUGACUCUGCCUCUCUGCUAGAGACCUUCAAGUUUCUUGAAAAUGCAGCUGCAGACUUUAGUGAUGAAGAAGAUGAAGAUGAUAUUGAUGGAAGAGAGAAAACAAUCAUUGAUACUGCAACAAUUGUAAGGAAAAGAGUUCUAUCUGACAGCAGUGAAGACAGAGAUACAGAAGAAGCUUUGAAAGAGUUUGACUUUUUGGUUACCUCAGAUGAAGGUGAUGGAGAAUCGAGAAGUUCAGGAGAUGGAACAGACUGGGAAAAGGAAGACCAGUGUCUCAUGCCUGAAGCUUGGAAUGUCGACCAGGGAGUAAUAACCAAACUCAAGGAACAAUACAAAAAGGAGCGCAAGGGGAAAAAGGGGGUGAAGAGAAAAACUACCGAAGAUAUGUUUCAGCCUCAAUCCUAUAUAAAACAGUCAAAACAGGGAUGUGGGAAAAUGAUGGAGCAAAGCACAGGGCCCAACAGGUCAAAGCUGCAAGAUAUGCUAGCAAACUUGAGAGAUGUUGAUGAUCUUCCUUCAUUACAGCCGUCUGUUGCACCUUCUUCUAGGCCCAGUAGCUCAAGGCUCAUUGAACAUGAGAUAAACAGGACAGAUGAAGUGGAAGCUUUGACAUUCCCUCCUUCUUCAGGGAAAUCUUUUAUUAUGGGACCAGAUGAAGCCCUUGAAAAUGAGCUGGGUCUUGGAGAACUGGCAGGCCUUACAGUAGCCAACGAGGCAGAUUCACUGACUUACGAUAUAGCAAACAAUAAGGAUGCACUGAGAAAGACUUGGAACCCCAAAUUCACAUUAAGAAGUCACUUUGAUGGAAUAAGAGGUCUCGCUUUUCAUCCGGUUGAACCAGUCUUAAUAACAGCUUCAGAGGACCAUACAUUAAAAAUGUGGAAUUUACAAAAAACAGCCCCAGCAAAAAAGAGUGCGUCUCUUGAUGUAGAACCAAUAUAUACCUUCAGAGCUCAUAAUGGACCAGUGCUCUGUGUGGUGAUGAGCAGUAAUGGUGAACAGUGUUAUAGUGGGGGAACAGAUGGCCUUAUCCAUGGCUGGAAUACAACCAACCCAAACAUUGACCCCUAUGACUCUUACGAUCCUUCUGUUCUAAGAGGUGCUUUUGUAGGCCAUACAGAUGCAGUGUGGGGUCUGGUUUACAGUGGAGCACACCAGCGUCUGCUGUCCUGUUCAGCAGACGGCACUAUACGUCUAUGGAAAGCUACAGAAAUUGCUCCAGCUCUCAAUAUAUUUAAUGAUAAUCAAGAAAUGGGAAUCCCUUCAUCAGUAGAUCUUGUGAGCAGUGACCCAAGUCUCAUGGUAGCAUCAUUUAACAGUGGACACACAUGUAUUUUUAACAUGGAGACACGGCAGCGAAUUCUUACCCUGGAGUCCAGUAUGGAUACUACAGUCAGUUCCUCCUGUCAGAUAAACAGAGUCAUCAGCCAUCCAACUCUUCCAAUUAGUAUCACUGCCCAUGAAGACAGACACAUCAAAUUCUACGACAACAAUACAGGAAAACUGAUCCACUCCAUGGUAGCUCACUUAGAUGCAGUUACAAGUUUAGCUGUUGAUCCUAAUGGCUUGUAUUUGAUGUCUGGCAGUCAUGACUGUUCGAUUCGCUUGUGGAAUCUUGAAAGCAAGACCUGCAUCCAAGAAUUUACUGCUCAUCGCAAAAAAUUUGAUGAGUCCAUUCAUGAUGUGGCAUUCCACCCCUCCAAAUGUUAUAUUGCCAGUGCAGGAGCAGAUGCCCUGGCUAAAGUGUUUGUAUGACAGAGUGCUUCCCUUUCAACUCUAGCUUUGUAUAUAUUUAACCAGCUGCACAAAAGAGAAGAGGAGGGUGUGAGUCUUCUUACCCUGCCCUGUAAUUCAGAGAAUGUUUGUAAGUGUUUAGUUUUGCAGGGUACUGUUUUCUAAAUUGAAGUUUGUUCUGGUUUCUGUGAGCUCAGCUGGUGCUGAGAGCUUGGAAACUCUCAGUUUCAACUAGUUAAAAA